AUGACCAACUCCCUCUCCGCCGCUACCUGCGCCAUCUACGUAGCCCUCGCCUUCCCAGUACUCUACCUUCUCAUCCGAGACGGUCGCUAUGGCCUUCUAGGAUGGCUCUUCCUAUUCUUCUUUUGCACCCUCCGCAUGAUCGGUGGCGCGCUGGCAGUCAACGACACCAGCGUCAGCCUUUCCCCCCUCCUCACAACAGCUAGCAUUCUACACCUGGCGCAAGUUAAAGUGGAAUGGCUCUCCGUCCUCGCCUACCAGAUGCUCAUCAUCGCAGGCGUGGCCAUAACAGCUGCCGACUCCGCGAAACUUCAGGAACACAAGCAACUCCUCGACAAGGCUGAGACGAUCACCAGGGCAGGUAUUUCGAUUCUGGCGGUCGCGUGGGGGUUUUUGGUUGGCUGGACCGGGUUCUCAUUUAUUGCUCCCCGGGGACGGAAUUCCUCGCUCACGAGGGCAGGGAAAGUCGUAAGUAUCUACCCCCCCCCCCGCGUGUAUCGGAAUACUAUGGUAUUAUUUCGCGAGCAGCUGCUUAUGGCCGUCGCCUUCUCGCUCGUCUUCAUCGAGAUCCGAGUCUUCUACAGUGUUACUGCGCUGUGCACGCAGAGGGCGUCGCUUAAUCCCGUCACAGGGUUGCUGGUUAUCAGUGUGGUGCUACGGUUCCUGCCUGAGGUAUUUGCCACGCUUGUGUGUAUUUUUGCGGGGAUCAGUACGCAGGGUGCGGCGCUGUUGGCUCAUGUCGAGGAGGAGAAGGUAAUUUCGGUUCCACCAAAACCGCUUGCUCAACCCUGGAUUUAG